UCCAAUAACUUGAAAUCUUUUCAUACAUCUUCAGAAGCUUCAAAAGAAUUCAAACUUUUCAGACACUAAAGAAAGAAAUGGCUUUCGUGAGAAAUCUACUAGGUGCAAAGAAGAUUCUAAGCCGUUCAACCAGAGCAGCCUCCGAGGCACCAAAAGGGUUUCUUGCGGUGUACGUAGGAGAGAGCCAGAAGAAGAGAUAUUUGGUGCCAAUCUCAUACUUAAACCAGCCUUCAUUCCAAGCUCUUCUCAGUAAAUCCGAAGAAGAGUUUGGAUUCGAUCAUCCGAUGGGCGGUUUAACGAUUCCAUGUCCUGAAGAUACAUUCAUCAAUGUGACUUCUCGGCUCCAAUGAUAACCGAUCCAACAUUUUUUUGUUAUUCCUAGUUUAGAAAAUAGACUUAUUCAUUGUAAAUAGCUGAGCAUUUUUGCUCUUUCUUCUAAUUGAAAGAGUCGUUGUUCCAAAA